CUGACACCCACAACAUUCAACAGAGUAUCGGCGACUCCUCAUCAUAAAAUGUCUCCCCUGACCGACGAACAGUUAUCCGCAGCCGCCAGUGCAUGCCUGGAGCUGCAGAGAACCGGCCAAGACAUCCACUCAAAACGGCCGUUCGCCGCGUUGCUUCUGGCACCGGAUAAUACCACCGUUCUGAUGUCCUCCUUGUCGCUGUCGCAUGUCAGACACGCUGAGGCCGAACUAGCCCGCAACGCGGCUGACAAUUACGCGUGGGACUAUCUAGCCAAAACAACUCUCAUCUCCACCUGGGAGCCUUGCGCAAUGUGCGCGGGUACGAUUUACUGGGCAAACAUUGGACGCUUGGUGUACCUGGCGUCGGAGAAAACACUCCAAGGACUUAUUGGAGAGGGGAACGCUGAGAACCUCACAUUGGAUAUGCCAUGUCGAACCGUGUUUGCAAGUGGCCAGACGGAGGUGGAAGUGAUUGGGCCGGUGAGUGGAUGGGAAGAGAAGGUGGUGCAGGAUAGCCAAAGGUAUUGGAGAAAGGAGAAGUAGCAGGAUUUAUAUGUUCGAAUAAUUGUGAACGGUUCUUGUGUAGAAACUUUGCGACUUUCCCUUUCCAGAAUAAGAUAAGACUAGCUCAGGGCUACUUUUUGCUCAGGGAUUAAUCCCAGAGUGUGGG